AAUGAGACAAACGUAAAAACGGCGGCGUUGUUGUGAAAAUUUAUUUUGUUUGCGAAUAAAAAUCAACACAAUGCUCUUCUAUUCCUUCUUCAAAUCACUUGUCGGCAAAGACGUCGUCGUAGAAUUGAAGAACGACCUCAGCAUAUGCGGCACGCUGCACUCCGUCGACCAGUACUUGAACAUAAAGUUGUCGGAAAUCAGUGUCAUAGAUCCGGAUAAAUAUCCUCAUAUGUUAUCAGUGAAGAACUGCUUUAUCCGUGGUUCCGUGGUGCGCUACGUGCAGCUCCCAGCCGACGAAGUGGACACGCAACUUCUCCAGGACGCAGCGAGGAAAGAAGCCACAGUAUCCACAAGAUAAAAAAACUAACCUCAAAAGUGUUUGUUUACGGUUAAACUUGUUUGCUCGUUUCAACGAGUAAUGAAGAGUGUCUGAUGUAAAUAUUGUAUUUAAGAACAAGAUGGUCUUUCAAUAAUAAGUGUGGUUUAAAAGUUCAA